GGUGCAGCCAUUGCCACAGACUUCGACCUUCACUCCUUGAGAUCCUCUCGCGAUAACCAUGUUGAUGAAGAUGCUGACCCGACCGGCGCUGUCCGUGGCGCGCAAGCAGCUGUCCCCUGCGUCGGUGGCGCUGUUCAGCUCUGCGCGUGACCAGAACCCGAACGUGUUCUUCGACAUUUCGAUCGGCGGACAGCCCAGUGGUCGUCUGAUUUUCGAGCUGCGCGCGGAUGUUGUGCCCAAGACCGCCGAGAACUUCCGCCAGCUGUGCACGGGUGAGGCGGGCGUGGGCGCGUCGGGCAAGCCGCUGCACUACAAGGGCAGCAAGUUCCACCGCAUCAUCCCCAACUUCAUGUGCCAGGGCGGCGACUUCACCCGCGGCAACGGGACGGGCGGCGAAUCCAUUUACGGCGAGAAGUUCGCGGACGAGAAGUUCGCACUCAAGCACGAGGGCGCGGGCGUGCUUUCCAUGGCUAACGCGGGUCCCAACACCAAUGGAUCGCAGUUCUUCCUGACCACUGUGGACUGCCCGUGGCUGGACCAGGCCCACGUGGUGUUUGGCCAGGUGACGGAGGGACACGACGUGCUCAAGGCCAUGGAGGAGCAGGGCAGCCAGUCCGGCGCCACCCGCGCGGCUGUUGUUAUUGAGGACUGCGGCGAGAUCAAGAACUAGACAUGACGCUCUGAACAUUACAAGUGCAGGUUGCUAGUUGAAGUUAAUUGAGACUUGGCUCUAAAGUUGGGAUUCUGCUUAGUGAAAGUUGAGGCUGGCUACGGCUAACUGAGUAGGUGACGUGAGGAGAACGGCACGUUUGACGAUGCUACAGGGUUUUAACUGCAGACGCUGGGAAGUCUGCGCGUUAACUGGGUGGAGACGACGAUUCGCGACUUCGAACACUGCCAUUCUCCCCUCUGCAUCAACUAACAGCAACUCUGCAGCUUCAGAUUCAUUUAGUAACAUCGCGUUAAUGCUG